AUGAUGCAGCCAGGUAUGCAGAUGCCCAUGGGCGCCGGUGGAAUGCCACAGCUUCCUGGAAACGUCGGAAUCGCAGUUGACGAGUAUGGCAGACCGUUUCUUGUCAUGCGUGACCAGGAGCAACAAAAUCGAGUCACCGGAGUCGAAGCUAUCAAAGCUCACAUUCUUGCCGCCAAGGCUGUCAGCUCUACUCUGAGAACUUCUCUCGGACCCAACGGUAUGGAUAAAAUCAUGGUCUCUCCAGACGGUGAAGUCACGACCACUAACGACGGUGCCACCAUUCUUGACAAGAUGGAUGUCCAGCAUAACGUUGCCAAGCUCCUCGUCGAACUGUCCAAAUCUCAAGAUGAUGAGAUUGGUGAUGGCACCACUGGCGUCGUCGUCCUCGCUGGUGCUCUUUUGGAACAAGCCGAGCCACUCUUGGACAGAGGAAUUCACCCUAUCCGAAUUGCUGAUGGUUAUGAUAAGGCCUGUCAAGUUGCCCUCAAAACUCUCGACAGAAUUGCCGAGGAUUUUCCUAUCUCUGACAAGGAUAUGCUCAAGCGAACAGCCAGAACUACUCUUGGCUCUAAAAUUGUCAACCGAUGCCAUGAUCAGUUCGCCGACAUCGCUGUUGAGUCCGUUCUUGCCGUCGCUGAUUUCGAAAAGAAAGAUGUUAAUUUUGAACUCAUCAAAAUGCUCACCAAGGUCGGAGGAAAGCUCGAUGAUACUCAGUUGAUCAAGGGCGUUGUCAUCGACAAGGACUUUAGUCACCCUCAGAUGCCCAAGCAAGUUGAAAACGCUAAACUCGCAAUUUUGACUUGCCCAUUCGAACCUCCAAAGCCAAAGACGAACCACAAGCUUGAUGUCACCUGUGUAGAAGACUACAAACAAUUACAAACUUACGAGCGGGAAAAAUUCGAGGAAAUGAUCAAACAAGUGAAGGAUACUGGAGCUAACCUCGCCAUUUGCCAGUGGGGUUUCGACGACGAAGCCAACCAUCUCCUCCUCCAGAAUAACUUACCAGCUGUCCGAUGGGUCGGUGGUCCCGAAAUUGAGCUUAUCGCUAUCGCCACUGGCGGUCGUAUCGUCCCCCGAUUCCAGUGCAAGAACAGCAAGGCUGUCACAGUUUUCAUCCGAGGCUCCAACAGAAUGGUCAUUGCCGAGGCCGAGCGAUCCCUCCACGACGCUAUCUGCGUCGUCCGAAAUCUCAUCCGAGAUUCAAGAAUCGUCUACGGUGGUGGCGCUCCUGAAGUUGCUUGUGCUCUUGAUGUUGCUGAAGAAGCUGACAAUACUUCUGGACUCGACCAGUGGGGCAUGCGAGCAUUCGCUUCAGCUCUUGAAAGCGUACCCAUGGCCUUGGCUGAGAACUCCGGUUUGAAUCCAGUUGAGACUUUGACUGAUCUCCGAUCUGACCAAAAGACCACUGGAAACCCCGACUUGGUGUUGAUGCUCUUUAUACCGGAGAUCGAGAUAUGA